AGCGGAAACCGCACGGGGUAGUUACUUAGUUGAGUCUGCUAUCUCGCUCGCACGCCACGUGCUAGAGAGAAUGAAUAUUUCUCCAGCUGACGAAGAAACAGACUCGUGAUGCCUGACAAGGACCAGGUGAUUAUGAUUUCCUAGGAAAUUGACCCAGCCCUCGCUAGCCCUCACUAACCCUCGCUAGCCCUCCUCGCUAGCUGCCUGAGAGGCUUACCAGCCCAGCAAUGAAUGCUGGAAUCCUGUGGAGGUACCAUAUCGCAGAAAUACUGCUGUUGUCCCAGAAGAAAGACCCUCCGAAGAGUGGAUACGGCAAUCUACUACUAUACGAAAAGCCGGAUAUUCUGCAAACCCUGACGCAGUGGAGUGAACUGAUUCCAGGAGCCUAUAAUAUUCUCUCUCUCUCUCUCUCUCUCUCUCUCUCUCUCUCUCUCUCUCUCUCUCUCUCUCUCUCUCUCUCUCUCUCUCUCUCUCUCUCUCUCUCUCUCUCUCUCUCUCUCUCUCUCUCUCUCUCUCUCUCUCUCUCUCUCUCCACGCUGUCACUAAACGUCACCGAUGUCUCGAAGGACUAGUGACUCCCAACCUUUCUUGGCGGACCCGCCGGUAGCACCCCCAGGCCAUGGUCAAAAUGGCUCAUCUCGUGGACAAAUCUUCCAGGGAUCUCUUAGUAGACUGACCGACCCCUCAAAGGUUGCCGUGUCCCUGUGCAUGGAAGAACCCAUCUCCAUGGCUACCACUCAUUUCUCUACCUUGGCAAGACCAGCAGAGCGUGCAAUAUCAACAGCGGUAGCUACAGCGGGAGCAGUAGCAUCCGGUGCCCUAGGCAUAUAUUCUCCUGGGGCAGGAACGCGGCCUGAUUGUGUGCAGAAAGACCGCGAUCGCACGCAAAUCUACAGUAUGAUGAGGUCAGCGGCAUGUGCUGUGCUGUGCUGUGAUAUCUUCUACAGCGAAGACCUGAAUCUCCUGGGAAUGGAACUGAAUAACGCUUGCAAAAAGGACGCAGAGUCUGAUGGCGGGUUGAUAGAAAAUGAGACAAAUGAGGACGAGGAAGGAGAGGAUGUCACUGACUGAAAUUCAGCAGCAGCCUAUACUCUGCUGAGACAAACAUCAUGCAGCCACAACUGGAUGACAAAGAAGGUUGUGGAAGCCAUUCUACUAACUGGAAAAGCUCCUCAUGGCUCCCUCAGUGAUGAUCAUCAGUGGCUUCCAGGGGAACUUGAAGCAUUGGUGGACUUCGGUGGGCGAAAGUUGUCUAUCUUCCAGUUCGCCAUUGUCAGAAAUCGGAAGUCUAUGGCUGAGAAGAUCUUGCAGAAAGUUCGACCGGAUUCGAGGUCAGAGUAUUUGAAGGAACAGUUCAAGGCGAUCGAGACUGAAAACAAACUCUACGAAGGUGAAACGAUUUUUCACUUUGCUGCCAUGCACGCUGCUCAGCGGUACUCUGGCCCGGCUGACCCGGACUCGGACGUUAACAAAGACCCUGGCGACGAGUGCACGCUGCAUUUCCUGCUAGAACUGCUGCCGGAGAUAUCGUACACGGCCGAGACAGUUCUGGGAGUGUAUGCUAACGGUCUGCUCUACACUAGAGAAAGAAUACCACAAGUGUUUUCCAUGAUCAAGAACGUCAAGAGAAACUGCCUGAAUGCUGGGUGUACACCGUUUGCACUGGCCGUUUGCUUGCAAAGCCGUCGCAUCGUCAAUUACAUGCUGAAGCAGGAUUCUAGUCUCUUGAAGUCUAUUGAUCCGCUGGGCAACAAUGUCGUCCAUCGACUGGCAGCUCAAAUGAAGAGGAUUUGCGAUGACGUUCCUCCGGAUGCGGAAAGUCUCCAAAAAAUGUUCACGUUCUUAAUGAAGAAAGAAGCGGAGUAUUUUCCAGGUUCCCUCGUCAAGAACGAUUGUCUGCUGAGACAACGCAAUUGCAAAGGAUACCGGCCAAUUCAUGUUGCUACCUACAAUGGAAAUGUACCGAUCUUCAAGUCGAUCGUGUCCUCGCCCUCAGUGCGUACACUGCUGGUCGACUACGACACAAUGAAGCUGGCAGCGUAUCGUCUGGAGGACCUGGACUCGCAGUCCGAGCGGGAAUCUGGCUACGAUGCUAUCAACGUGCUUGACGUGGCCAUUUCCAGCCCCGAACCAGAUGCUACAGCGGUUUUGUCCAUCGCACCCAUGCCUCAGCUGACUGAGCUGAAGUGGCAGACAUAUGGGUCGGUAGGAUUUUCCUACAUGUUCUUCAUCAACCUCAUCUACCUGAUAGCAUUAUCGGCUGCUGCCUACUACAGACCUCUAAUGUACUCCGUAUGCGAUGCCAUCAUAGACCCGGAACAGCAGACGUUUGUGAGAAACCAAAUUCUCUCCGGUGGUACCAACGUGAGCUACUGCAUGCCGUGGACUAUGCGACCUUUCCUGGAUUCGUACCGUACUACUAGUGACUAUACUCGACUGUUUGCUGAAAUCCUGGUGAUACUCAUCACAUUGCUCCACUUCUACUCUGAGGUGUACGACUUCUUCAAAGUUGCUGAUUUGUGCCCACAAAUGCACCACUACAGUAAAGUUGAGACUAGUGAGCAGCAACAGAGACCUGAACUCAUGGCUUCUACUCCCCUGGUUCGACACGCCAUCUCUUACAGCCUGCAUCGGAUUUGGGAUGGGUCCAUGGGCAGAAACGUGGGCAUGACAGUGGUCAAGUGGAUGACAAUCAUUCUGGCUGUUGUGGCGGUACCAAUGCGUAUGCUUGAUGACGCACAUCAAGAUGUGGUGUUGGCACUCCUAGUCUUCACAGCCUAUCUCUACUCGGCGGUAUAUGCCAGGGACUUCAAGUUCAGCGGGCCUUACGUCAUUGUAAUCUACCACAUCUUCAAGACAGUGAUCAUACGGUUUCUGGUCAUCUUUCUCUUCGCAAACAUAGCAUUCGGUUUGUUUUUCCUGAUUCUGUUCCAAGAGAGCUAUCCGGAAAGGCCACACGAGUACGAGACAUUCGCCAGAGGCAUCUACCAGCUGUUCCGCACGACAAUCUCGCUGUCUGACCUGCCGUACGAGAGCAUCCGGUCUCCGCACGUAGCCUCACUGGCUAUUGCCUUCUUCAUCAUAUUCCUGAUCUUCUGCGUCAUUCUCCUGGUCAACUUCCUGAUUGCACUGAUGAACAGCUUGCAGACAGACACGCUCGCAGAGGCUAAGCUCAUCUGGCGCAGAUCGAUCAUAGCUAGCUUGUUCAUGGUGGAGCGGCGGACACCGGUUUGGGUGCCAUUCCACCCAGGCCAUAAGAAGAUAGGAUUGCGUGGCCGUGACCUCUUGCUGCCGGAUAAGAGGAGAGAGCACCGUCCCAAACGCGAGCCCAACGAUCAUGAACUACGAUAUCUCUUGCUACAUGAACCCGACGCUCCUGUUCCGCAGGCAUGUGAUAAACAGGAUGAGACACACGAACCACGCGCCGAAUCACGCCAACCGCAAAAUCCAGGCCAGGGACAAUGGCAAAGUCCUGAUGAAAAUCAUGAAAUGAAUUAAUUUAGUUAAAAAAAUCCAGGCCAAGACUCGGGUCGGGAGCAGGAUCCAGAAGCAGAACGGAGCGGGUAUGCGAUCAUGUUCAGAACGGGCGACCAAGCUGUCAAGCAGCUGUAGAAACUCACUUGGCAUUGCCUAUGGCACAGCAGACAGGUGACUGUACUGUUUGGCGCUAAUCCCAUGCAAUGGUGGUUGUAAACGGCCCUGGACCUUGCUAGACUCAUAUAAUUACUAUAUUGUGUGUUAUGAUUAUAAGCAUGAUGGGCAGUUGCAGUAUCAUUGCCCAGAGACUGUUCACUAUAGAGGCUUGCAAACCACGGCAGCAAGCAGUAAGCAUGCAAGUUAUUUACCCUGCCGAGUGUGUGUGUGGGCUUUUACGAUUUGUUUAAGAAAAAUUGACAUGUGGAGAUACAGUAAGUGUGGUAGACAGCACCUCACGGCAUAUCACAGCACUUCACGGCAUAUCACACAACGAAAACUUUACUGCAAAUCCUUUCUUUGCUCGUCGUUCUAUAGGUUCCGAUUUUGUAUAAUUGGUUUUACCAGUGUUCUCUGGGUGUUAGCGGCCGUCGUGAGUUCCCUUCGGCAACGGCCACGAUAAUUUACUUUUACUUUUUUUGUACUAUCUAGCGGUGUGUUCAACUUCAUUCUUUUUUUACUACCCGUAUUUUAG